AUGGAUAACCCAUCACUUUCUGCUGCCAUAAUGGGGGUAGCUACAUCUGUCAUUGCUUUAGGUGUUGUUCUUUUGAAAGGGCUAAGAUCUAGAAGUGUUAUACCUAGAGAACCUCAUGUCAAUCGAGACUAUGAAAGAGAGUCAUAUAUGAGUGAUAUUCUUUAUAGAGGUAAAUAUUAUCUUGGUGAUGCUAGUUAUGGAAUUCAAAAAGGAAGUAUCUCCCCUUAUCGUGGUGUUCGUUACCAUUUGAAAGAGUUUAGUGAUAAUCCGCCAAGAAAUGACAAAGAAUUAUUCAAUCUUCGCCAUUCUUGUUUAUGCACUACCAUUGAGUGUUGUUUUGGAGUUUUGAAGAAACAUUUCCAUGUGUUAGAUGCAAAACCUUUUUGGUCAUUCCCAACACAAGUGAACGUAGUCUUAGCAUAUUGCAUAAUUCACAAUUUCAUAAUAGGAGCCAACCCUUUAGACUCAAUUAUGAAUAGUGAGCUUCAUGAUAAUCCGUUUGCAAAUGAAAGUACAAGUAGAAGAGUCCAACAAUCACACAGGGAAGUCCAAGAAGAAAAUAGAGAAUGGGUUAAAAAAUGGGAUGAUAUUUGUCAUGAAAUGUGGGAGGAUUAUGAUGCUAUGGAGUGA